AUGGAUUCGGGCCUGUCCAAUCGAGCGGACCGAGCCUUGAAAGAUAUCCUCCCCAAAGGCAUUGCUCUCGAACCGCCCAAAAAUUACAAUGCAACCACUGCUAUCGACUUGUCCAAUGCCCAAAAUGAAGUCCUGCGUAGCGAAGUGGGCCAAUUUUUCAAGACCGCAAUUGAAUCCAAUUUGAUCAGUCAGAGUUUUGAUAUGCCGCCUAGCAAUGGCGGAGAGCAAGCCGUCCGGGAAGCCAUGGCUUCAUUCUUCAACCGCUACUUCAACCCAAUCCACCCCGUGCUCACGGAACAAAUAGUCCUGACGGCGGGAGCAAGCGACGCAAUUGAGAAUGUAAUCCACUCGAUAUGCGAUGAGGGCGAUAGCGUCAUCAUCCCAGGACCAUAUUGGCAUGGGUUCGACCCGAUUCUCACAUCACGAGCAAACGUCAACAUCCUAGUCGCCCACUCGCCGACGUACCAAAACUACGACAACUACCUGCUACCGUCUCUGCUCGCCGCCUACAACUUCGCAGACGACAGGUCGCGAAUCAAGGCCGUGCUGCUCUGCAACCCCAACAACCCGCUCUCGCGCUGCUACCCCAAACGCACGCUCGUCGAGGUCAUGGAGUUCUGCCAGGAGCGCGGCCUCCAUCUCGUGUCGGACGAAUUGUACGCCCUGACGACGCUGCAGAGCAUACCGGACGAGGCACCGACCUUCGUAUCAGCCUUAUCCCUCACCGAACCGCUCGUCCCAGAGGGCGCCGUAAAGGUCGAUCCAAGCCGCGUGCACGUAGUCUGGAGCGCGAGCAAGCUAUUCGGCUGCAGCGGCCUUCGAAUCGGCUGUCUGAUAUCCCAGCAAAACCCCGCCCUAUGCAAAGCCAUGUCCCUCCUAACAGCCCACCACACCAACAGCAUCGCCUCCCUCUUCCUCACCUCCCUACUCACCUGGCACCAACUCCCCACCCUCAUCUCCCUCAACUCCGAGCGCUUGACCGCAUCGUACCGGAUCCUCGCCGCGGCGCUGGAAAACUGGGGCGUCGCGUUCGUGGCGCCGACGCACGGGAUCCUGCUCUUCGCGCGGCUGGGCAUGAACGUCAAGAGCGCGGUGGAGGAGCGGGCGUAUUUCAACCGGUUGGCGGUGAUGGGGGUGAGGGUCGGGGCCGGGAGGUUUUAUAAUGGCGUCGAGGGGGAGUUUGGGUGGGCGAGGGUGCGGUUUUCGGUGCCGGUGGAGGUGAUGCGGAGGGCGGUGGAGAGGAUUGGGGAGUUUUUGGUUAAGGAGGGUCAGUGA